ACCAGCGGGAGCGGCGCGGGGACCCUGCACCGGCUGGCAGCACUCCGGCCCUCGCCCCCACCCAGCACCAGCCAGGGAGGGCGGGGGAGGCAGAGCGCCAGAGGGUGGCGGUCCUUGGCUUCCCGGGUCUCCGCUCCGGGAAGCUGCUCCGAGCCGGGGUGUUGUUGCUAAUAAGCUCUCUCUCCUCCCCUCGGACAAUGAAAGACAAGCCUGGAUGGAUUGGGAGCUGAGGCCUCAGAAACUCCAUAAUAAGUUGCUGAUGGCUACUGGCCAAGGUCAGCGGGCCCCCAUUAGUGCCUAUCCCCACCAAAGUAGAGCCAAAUAACCUUCUCCCCAGUUAACGCCUCAGUAGCAUUUUUAUUUUUCAGUUCAUUCGCACAAUUGUUACUUUUAACACAUAUGAAAAGAAAUCUCUUUGAUUGGUCUGAGACACCAAGCCCAGUCCCAAAAAGGAACAUGUUUCCUGCUAACAUGUACACCUCCUGAUUUUAUUUUAUCUUUACAACGCAGGCCGGAGGGUUGUUUUGCAGUUGUGUUGAGCAUAUCACACAUUCAGGGCCCUUUAAAGACCUGGAUUGAUUGGAAGGACAAAAAUUAAAGCAAUCUGAUCCGGCCUCAUGCCAGAUCCCUGCGGAUUUUCUCCCUAUCCCAUUUCCAUCCACUGUCACAGUUUGAGAAUCUGCCUGAUUUGAUCAGAUUCCCUUCUGGGAGAGGUGUAAUGCCAAGGUUAGGAAGACACCAGGUUAUGGGCAACUUUUUGAUCUGCCCAUCAGCAGUCUGAGAAACGCUGGCUCUGAAUUUUCUGUAUCAGCCUUUUGGAAAAAAACAAGUUCCUCGCUGUUUGCAAACCUGCAGUCCUCAAGUCCCUGGGACAUCCCGGCCACCGUUGCUCGGUAGAUGUGGCAUUUCCAUGCUGAGGCCGCAAGUCCCACCUGACCCGGUCGCUGCCUCUCCAGGGCCUCUCUGGGCCACACCCUUGCGGACUUCGCAGUCAUGCUGCACCUGCUGGUGCUCUUUCUGCACUGCCUCCCACUGGCCUUUGGCGACUACGACAUCUGCAAAUCCUGGGUGACCACGGAUGAGGGCCCCACCUGGGAGUUCUAUGCCUGCCAGCCCAAGGUGAUGCGCCUCAAGGACUAUGUCAAAGUGAAGGUGGAGCCCUCGGGCAUCACGUGUGGAGACCCACCUGAGAGGUUCUGCUCCCAUGAGAACCCAUACCUUUGCAGCAACGAGUGCGAUGCCUCCAACCCAGACCUGGCCCACCCACCCCUUCUCAUGUUCGACAAAGAGGAUGAGGGGCUGGCCACAUACUGGCAGAGCGUCACGUGGAGCCGCUACCCCAGCCCCCUGGAAGCCAACAUCACCCUUUCCUGGAACAAGAGUGUGGAGCUGACAGAUGACGUGGUGGUGACCUUCGAGUACGGCCGGCCCACCGUCAUGGUCCUGGAGAAGUCCCUGGACAACGGGCGCACGUGGCAGCCCUACCAGUUCUACGCCGAGGACUGCAUGGAGGCCUUCCAUAUGCCCGCCCGCCGGGCCCGGGACCUGUCGUCCUCCAGCGCCCACCGGGUGCUGUGCACCGAGGAGUACUCGCGCUGGGCGGGCUCCAAGAAGGAGAAGCAUGUCCGCUUCGAGGUGCGGGACCGCUUCGCCAUCUUUGCUGGCCCCGACCUGCGCAACAUGGACAACCUCUACACACGGCUGGAGAGUGCCAAAGGCCUCAAGGACUUCUUCACCUUCACGGACCUGCGCAUGCGGCUGUUGCGCCCAGCGCUGGGCGGCACCUACGUGCAGCGGGAGAACCUCUACAAAUACUUCUACGCCAUCUCCAACAUCGAGGUCAUUGGCAGGUGCAAGUGCAACCUGCACGCCAACCUGUGCUCCGUGCGUGAGGGCAGCCUGCAGUGCGAGUGUGAGCACAACACCACCGGCCCAGACUGUGGCAGGUGCAAGAAGAACUUCCGCACGCGGUCCUGGCGGGCAGGCUCCUACCUGCCCCUGCCGCACGGCUCUCCCAAUGCCUGUGCCGCUGCGGGCUCCGCCUUUGGCAGCAUUGGCAAGUCCCGGAAAGGCCCCGCCCCCAAAGUCCCUGCAGCCACCAUAGCUGUGAGGGAGGACCCCAUCACUCCUGCCCCCUCCACAUCCACUGCCCGGGCUCCCACAGCCCCCAGCACCCCACAGCCCACAGCUGUGGGCACCUCUGCUACUGCCCCUGCCCCUGCCAAGGUCUCCAGACUUUUCCAGCUCAAGCCCAAAUCUCCUCAAGUGAUGCCUAUUGAAGAAUUUCAAGGUAAGAGGAAGUCCCGGGGCAGGAUCAGCCCUCCCCAAAGCAUCUCCCUCCUCACCUCCACCGGAGAAAAAAAGGUACAGGAGGAGGAUCAAUACCUGGCUCAGAAAACCCUCCCCUCCCUGAGUAGCUGGGUCAAGGUUAAACUGAGCCCCUCUUCCCUCCAGCCAUCCCUCCCCAAGGGAGCUGGGAGCAGGUAUGAGUCAGAAGCUCGGUGGGCAGGCCACACGGCAGGCAGAGCAGCUGCCGGAAAUAGCCUGUCCCGGCUCCCCUGGGAGGUGUGGCCCAAGGGCUUAUCCGGGACACAGGGGUCACCACCACUGCUUCCUGGGAUACCUGAAGGACGUUUCACCUUCUCAGUGUCUCUGGAGGGACAAGGUGAAGGGGGUAGGCCCAAGAGAUCCAGUGGUGGAAGAAUGCCACAUCUCCUCCUGGCCUGGGCACAUGUCAGCAGCUGUUUCUCCAAAGCUUCACACACCCUUGGCCACCAAGGCCUGGGUCAGUCCUUCCCUCUUCUGUCACAACAGGGAGGUCGGGUCCUCUAGAGAUAUGCAGAUAGUAGAUGCCACCGUUCUUGUUCAGGGGUGCCUGCACUGGCCUUUUUGCUCAGGGGAGUGUUGCGUCCCAUAGGAACAGCCCCCUUUCUUGCAGCAGGGAAAAUGACAUGAGGUGACUCUCUUCACCAAACCCCACCCCUUCAUGAUGUCAUGGGAACUACCCCAAUCCCUGGGAGCUUUGUGCCAGGCAGUCCUAGGACUUGCCCAGUCCGUGAAGCAGAGCCAGUCAGGCAGGGUGAGUCUGAGAACCAACUGGGUGGAGACAGCAGGACAUCUUGGAGAUGGUUGCCCUCAGUGUGGAGCCGCGUGCCUCCGGAAGCACUGAAAGUCAGCAGCAGGGCACCCAGAUGCAGACUUUAAGGAGGCACUCACUCUCCAGGUCACGUGAGAGCAGUCUUUGGUCAGCAGGCCCUUCGGUGCCAACCAAACCUCCAGAACAGCUCGGGCCAAUGGGAAAGGGUCCUGCAGGCCAGGUGGGCCUUAUUCUUCCCACCAACUUCUAAAGCAGCAUGGGGAGGAAGCUCUUCCCGGUCCAUCUCAUCCUGUCCAGCACUCAUGUAUUCAUUUUUCCAUCCACUUAACCACUGAGGAUACAAGGAUGAGGGCACUGAGCCCUGGCACCUCCCUCACUGAGUUUCCGGUCUGGCAGCAUGGCUCUGUCCUUACAUGAAUCAUCUCCUGGUCACCCUGCUCUCGGGCAUCCUUCAGGGAGCACUUUGCCCUGCACCUGGCCAGGCCUUUAGGAGGUGCUGUCCACUGGCCCUCUGCCAGUUCCCUGCCCACAGGGAUAGAUGGAAAUUUGUGGCUGCAGAAUUGGUUCUUUUGGCCUCAAAGCUGGCAGAUCCCAGUGUCUUUUCAAAUGACAGGUGUGUUGGAGGCCCAGGGCACCUUCCUGUGCCAGAUCCUUUUCUAAAAACACCUGCCUCCCUGUGUGUCCUUGGGCAGCUCCUCCUUCGCCCUGUGCCUCAGUUUCCUCAAAUGCACCAUUGGGGAUGGGUGGGAGGGAGGUGGCAAAAGGAAGGCACAGUCUCCCACUGCUCGCUAACUUUUAGUGCUUCUCCUGCUUGGCCCG